AUGCACAGCCGUGCGUUUGUCGUGCGGGUGCCGCACGCUGCGUGCCCUGUGAUGGGCCUGCAAGUCGUUGUGAUGCAGGACACGCUGCUGGUGUGGUGUGGCGCGGUGCCGUCGGAUAUCGAGGACGAGGCGCGUGAUGGGGCGUAUGCGGGUGCGCUGAGCCGCGACUGGAGCGUGGCGAUGCAUGUGCCGUCCUCGACGACGAUGACGACGUCCCUGUAUCGUGCGGCGUAUCAUGACGACGUGUCGCGGCGCAUGUCGGAGCGUCUAGCUACGAAGCUCGGUCUGCGGCAAUUGUACCUCUCGCUGGAUCUGCCGGAUGUGCUCGUGCCGCGCGGCGCGGCUGCGCUGGCGCCCGAGGACGCGCGCGCUCUGCAGGCGCUGGAGCGCGGCCUUCGCGAGGGGCUGCAACGAGCUAGCGAGGCCUCGUCAUAG